CCUCUGCAGCAGCAAUCCCAUGGUGUGACCUGGUGUGUCUUGAUUUCAUCAAGUUUCACCUCUGUAGGUCAUUUCAUUGUUGACUUGACAGACUAUAGGCAUUGCUUUAAAUCCACUUUCUUUAGUGCCUUGCAAGCUAGCUGUGAAUUAUCUACUAUGCAGAGCAAGAGGAGGGGUAUCCUGGAGCGCCUGAAUGCUGGAGAGGUGGUUGUGGGUGAUGGAGGCUAUGUUUUGCAGCUAGAGCGACGUGGCUAUGUGAAGGCUGGACACUGGACGCCUGAGGCAGCUGUUGAACAUCCUGAAGCAGUGCGGCAGCUACACAGAGAGUUCCUGAGAGCAGGAGCUAAUGUGAUGCAGACGUUCACCUUUUACUGCAGCGAGGAUAAGCUGGAGAUCAGUGGGAAUGUCACCAACAUCACUGGGGCUCAGAUCAACGACGCCGCCUGUGACCUGGCAAGAGAGGUGGCUAAUGAGGGUGGUGCAUUGGUUGCAGGGGGUGUGUCUCAGACUCCAUGUUACUUGAAGAGUCACAGUGAAAGUGAGGUCAAAGCUAUAUUUAAGAAGCAGAUGGAUGACUUCUUAAAGAAGGACAUAGAUUUCUUUAUGGUUGAGUUCUUUGAGCAUGUAGAAGAGGCAGCAUGGGCAGUGGAGGUGAUGAAGACCAGCGGUAAAGCAGUUGGUGCAACACUAUGCAUCUCCCCUCAGGGAGACAUGAAUGGAGUCCCACCUGGAGAGUGUGCUGUCAAGCUGGUCAAAGCUGGAGCUGACAUUGUUGGAAUAAAUUGCCACUUGGACCCUCUGACUUGUGUCCGCACGGUGAAGCUGAUGAAAGAAGGAUUAGAGAAAGCUGGUCUCAAAGCUCAUCUCAUGGUCCAGCCUCUGGGCUUUCACACACCUGAGUGUAACCACAGUGGAUACCUCAGCCUACCAGAGUUCCCCUUUGCACUGGAGACCAGAUCACUUACUCGCUGGGACAUCCACAAGUACGCCAGAGAGGCUUACAAAGCAGGAAUUCGCUACAUUGGUGGCUGCUGUGGUUUUGAACCCUAUCAUAUCAGAGCCAUAGCUGAAGAGCUGGCUGCAGAGCGAGGAUUCCUCCCUCCAGCUUCAGAGAAACACGGGCCCUGGGGAGCUGGUCUAGAGCUGCACACUAAACCUUGGGUCAGAGCCAGGGCUCGUCGAGAGUAUUGGGAAAACCUUUUGCCUGCUUCAGGACGUCCCAAAUGCCCGUCUAUGGCCACUCCAGCAGAUGAAUGAGUGAAAAGAUUGUCAAUGGUGGGACCAACACAAACAUGUCUGUACAUUAUUCUGUAUAGCAAUGAAAAUAAAGCUGACUUUAUUUUA